UACUUAUGUUAUUACUUCUAGAAAUGUUAAAAAGCCUAAAACUAAUUUUGAUUUAGUUAAUAGAUUUAAUGAUUUAAUUAAGGAACGUAAAAGAAAAACUUAUUUAAAAUAUGUGAAAGGACAUAGUGGUAUUUAUGGAAAUGAACAAGCAGAUAGACUCACAUAUUUAGGUUCAAAAAAACCAGAUGUUGAAUUAAUUCUACCAGAACGUAAAAACACAAUCAAAGAUUAUUUUAAAUAG